AUGCGCUCCGCUGCCCUCCUUGACCCACGGUACAAAGCUACUCACGUGGGCAGUAUUGACCUGGACUACAUCAGAACCCAGCUGGAGGAUGAGAUGGUGCUGUUCUGGAAGCAGACUACUUCCGGACCACCUGUGACUGUGCGGGACUCUACGGAUGACGACGAUGCACCUCCUUUCUCCCAGUCUCAGCCAAGCAAAAAGAAGAAAACACUUGGCAGUCUCCUUGGCACAAUAAGACCUGCUUCUGUUGCAACUCCUGAGCAGCAAGCGCAGGCGGAAAUGGCGAAUUACCUCCAAGAAGAGGUCUUCCAGGACCUAGGUGUGUCAGUGCUGGCCGGAGCAUCCGAGGGCUACAAUGUGUGCCUGUUUGCUUACGGCCAAACAGGAUCCGGAAAGACGUAUACCAUGAUGGGAACCCCGGAGUCCAUUGGCUUGACGCCUCGCAUUUGUCAGGGUCUGUUUUGUCCUGAAGACUCAUUCUCUGAUGGUCAAAACUCAAGCAGAGUGGAAAUCAGCUUUUUGGAGAUCUACAAUGAGCGUGUAAGAGAUCUGCUGAGAGGAGAGCAGAAGAAGAGAUCUUCGCUUAGAGUCAGAGAACAUCCUGAAAAAGGGCCAUAUGUUCAAGAUCUUUCACAGCACACCGUCACCGACUGCAAACAGGCCAUAGACCUUUUGGAGGAAGGCAUUGCUAACCGCAUUACAGCAGCAACCCACAACCACGACACCAGCAGCCGAUCCCAUGCUAUCUUUACUAUUCAGUACACACAGGCAAUCCUAGAAAAUAACCUACCUUCAGAAACUGUCAGCAAGAUCAACCUGGUGGACUUGGCUGGAAGUGAGAGAGCAGAUCCCCAGUACUGCAGGGACAGACUAACAGAGGGAUCCAACAUCAACAAGUCACUGGUCACUUUGGGCAUUGUCAUUUCUGCUCUUGCCCAGAACUCCCAGAUGUCAAGCAGCUGUCAGAGUAUCAACAGUGUGGCCUCUGAGGGUGACGCCAGCAUGUUGGGCAGCCACAGCAGCUCCCUGUCUGGAGGAGGUGGAGGUGGAAGAAGGCACUGUUUCAUUCCCUACAGAGACUCGGUCCUCACUUGGCUAUUGAAAGACAGUCUGGGCGGCAACUCGAAGACCAUUAUGAUCGCAACGGUGUCGCCCUCUGCUAACAGCUACAACGAGACCCUGAGCACCCUGCGCUACGCUGCUCAUGCGAGAAACAUAGUCAACAAGCCCCGAGUUAAUGAGGAUGCAAAUGUUCGACUCAUCAGGGAGCUGAGAGAGGAGAUCGACAGGCUGAAGAGCAUGCUGCUCAGCUUUGAGUUGCAGCGUAAUCCCAGUCCGUCCUUGAGUGAUGAGAGGGAUGGAAACCUCUCUGAAAUAGUGCUACAGAAUGAGCUAAAGGUGCAGCAGCUGACAAAGGACUGGUCGGAGAGCUGGAGAGACAAGAAAGAGCUUCUGGAGCGGUACAGUGUGGACAUCAACAGAGACCGGGCCGGUUUCCUCAUCAACUCCUUUCAGCCACACCUGGUUUCCCUGGAUAGAGACGUUUUCAGCACUGGGGUUAUUUUUUAUCACCUCAGGGAAGGAAUUACCCGCAUCGGACCUCAGGAGCAGUUUGAAGAACCACAUAUAGUCCUUCAGGGCAGUUCCCGCUGUGAGAUUGAAAACCACGGGGGUGUGGUAACGCUCCGACCGCUGCCGGGCUGCGCUUGCCUGCUCAAUGACAGAGAGGUCACUGAGCCUUGCAGGCUGGCUCAAGGGACGGUGAUUACCUUGGGAGGAGUGCAUAAAUUUCGCUUCAACCACCCGGCAGAGGCAGCAAUCCUUCGGGAGCAAAGACGGGUCAGUGAAGGCGGUGUGACGUGCUCCUACGUUGACCUUUGCCACCUCACCCCUGACAGCGAUGACAAAGAAUUGAAGCUUGAUUCCACCGAGGAGCUUAGAGUCAGGCGACGUGUGGAAGAGCAGAAGCGGUAUGUGGAGAGUUUGCGACAGGAGAUUCAGGCUGAGCAGAGAAGGGCUGAAGGAGAGCUGGACAGGGAGCAGGCCCAGCUCCAACAGCAGUACUCUGAGAUGCAGCAGUGGAUUUUGCAUGAGGAACUUCACCUGAAAACAGCACAGGAAACAGUAAAGCAGGACUCUGGUGUUCAAACCGACCUCCUCCCUGCCCCCCUUCUGGAGAAACUUACAAGCCAGGUGUUCAUUGGUCAGAAAAAUAUCAUUGUGGAGUAUCCUUCCAAGGUGGUGAGGGCCAGGAAGAAAACCGUGGAGGAUGAGUUGCUAAAGCAUUACGCCCUCUGCCGCGCCGAGGGUCGCAUCCGUCAGAAAAAGCUGCACUACCAACUAAAGAAAAUCGCCAACAAGCGCCAUCUCCUGGACGCUAAAAGAAAGUUACAGCAGCUGGAGAGUACGCUUCCCCCAGGAGAAAGCCCACAGUCUCCAGAGAUGGGAUCACCCUCAAAGCUAGAAGAACAACCGUUUGUAUCACGUCGACACUCGUUUUCAGCAGAUCUGUUGUCUCGGCUCUACCCACAGCACACACCUAUCUUUAGGCACUACCUCAAGAGGAACAAGUCUGUGGAACGAUCGUUAGAUUCAUCACCUACGGCAGAUUCCAUUAGCAGCAAAAUGUGGGUUUCAGAAUGUGUUCCCCGAGGAAGGACCCAAAGUUGCUCAGGCUCUAUCUCCACUGGACAAAAUCAGGGUAUAGUAAACCCUUACGGAAACAUCAUACAAACAUCUAAAGAGGAAGCGCAGCCUCAGCCAUGUUUGUGGGAGCUGGGAAGAAAACCUUUAUUGCCAAACCGAGACGUGUUGUUUAAGAACAGAUUAGAUAAGAAAUCUGCAGCAAUACUGAAAUCACCUCUCAGAGCUUUGUCUAUGCAAGUCAGCAAAGAAAAUCUUCAACUAUCCAAAACAGAUGAGGUCGUCUCUGACAAAAGCUGUUUUAAGGAUGGAAAAGGGUUUUGCCCUGCAGGUAACAAUGGAAUUAAAGCCAUCAGCAGAUCAUUGUCUCAUUCUGUGGGGCCCAGGAUAAAAACUGCUCUGUCCAGAGUUUUCAGAAAACCAUCCUCAGGUGUAAAAGGACGACGAGUUCUUAAGCCUCUGGGAGGAAUUGCAAGUAAAGUUCCUUGGAGAGGAAGAGAAGACAAGAGCCUGAAAGAUCCUUCAAUUAAUCAGAAUGUCGGUACAAUCAAAGCCACUGCGUCAUGUGAGGAGCUUGAUCAGAGGAAUCUGUUUGAGAGCCACAAACACAGACGCUGGCAUAGCACCGACGCCCUGAUGAACAAGAGUAACGAAUAUGUAGAAGGACAUCAAGGACUUUCCGGAUGGUUCGAAGAGCAGGAAGAAAGGGAUGAAGGAACUUCAGAUUGCGAGAGCCUUUAUUCUCUCGACUCUCUGUCCUCUGCUUACGCGGCGGCCCUAGCCGAGCAUUUAACACGUGACGAUUCAGGUCCGAGUGAAGCAGAAAGCAGCGAUAGCGAAAUGUCUGUGGAGAACAACAGGAAACUCUCAACAGUUAAAAGACGCAAACAAGCAGUGGUUCCAACUUACUCACAAGUAACAGAUUUGGUGCUGUCUUCUAUCCAGAACCGCGCAAGAGAACCCAGCAGAGAUUUGUGCUGGUCCAAGGAAACUGCCGUAACCUCAGCUGAGGCAUAUUUGAGCCGUGAUGCAACAAGGAAGCCCCAAGGUCAGAGCUCAUUAGGAGCAGAGACUGUGCACAAAUUGAUAGAUGAUUUCAGGAAAUUACAGACAACUUUGACAAGCAGUUACAGUGUGAGAGAGCCAGAAAACUUGCUGGCCCUCACUGAUGUUUGGUCCUCCGCAGAUGUGACUGAAAGCCCGAGGAUUGACGGGGAUCCUCUGCCUAUUCCAAGAAAAGUUUUGUUCUUGAAUGCAGAAAGUAACAGCAGCAGUCCGAGUCCAGGUAGCGGUAAUCUGUCAAACUCACAGAGUAAAUCCAGACAUUUGAGCUCCAAGGCUUUAAAUAGUUCAGAACUGGAUCAGUUCCUUGAAGGGUCAAGGGAGUCUGAAGCUCUUGUAGCCUCAGAAAAUACAACACCCUUUAACACACCUUUAGAAUCUCCGCCAACGUUGGAUCCAACUGGUUGUAUGUUACCAAAAGACUUCCUCAAAGCCCUGAAAGCAACGUCAGAUGCAUUUCAGCAGUCUACAUUUGUACCAGAUGGUGGGCUUGCUGUCUCUGCAUCAAGUUCUCCAUCAGUAGCCAUGUUGAAAGAAACACCUCAACCUUCAAUCAAAGAAGAAGCGCAGGGUGUAGAAGUUCAAAAUGGCCGAGAUUAUUUUAGGAACACAGAAUGGGAGGAAACCAAAAGCAAUGAGCCGUCCGUUUCUCUCCAGCACGAAGUUGUUAAAUUGGCCUGUAAAAAUUCCAGGAAAAGGAACAAAGACCACAGGAACGCUUUUAUGGGCUGCCUGAAAAUUCCAAAAAGGAGCGACAACGGGGAGUUGGAAACCUUUUCCUCUGCACCAGGUGACAGCUUGGAAGGUGUUUGGUCCGAUGACUCUAACAGCAGCAGUGACUCCAAAGGGAAGAGUAACAGCCAAGGAUUUCACUCUUCUUGUGCCGAUGGCAAUGAUAGACCAGAUUCAGCUGUGUCACUUUCAUCGCCAGCUUCUGAUGUUCAGAGCAUUGAACUUGAACAAAGCGGCCAGAUCUUAGAAUCGUUGCCUAAACAUGCGGACACGAGUUUGCAGUAUGACACCACCGUUAGAGAUAAUGAGUAUGUAAAGAGGGGAGAUGUAAGAGUAAAUAAAGAUUUAGAAGGUACAGGAAGAGUUAAACACGACACUCAUAACGACAGGAAAUAUCAGGAAAAAGCAAAGCACAUCUGCAGGUCAGAAGCCAUCUGCAGCGCUAUUGAUCUGAGAAUUUCUGAAGUGAUAAAGGAGCACAUGGAAUCGUCAGGAGGAAUUAGCAAAAGUCAAAGUCUGAGUAUUUUGUCAUCAUCUGCGUGUCAUUUUAGCUCCGAUUAUAAUGAAAGUAGAUGGAUGCAUGACCAGCUGAGAGAGGAGAGGAGUAAAUAUGUGAAAGAAGGAGAAAUUUGUGCAGGUGAGCGUACAUUAAUCACAGCUGAACAUUUGGGAUCAUAUAUGCUUGUUGAACAGAGUAGUGGCCAUAAAUACAUAGAAAUCCCAAAGGGGAAAAGUGCUCUUCCUCAAAAAAUACCUGAUGAAGCUACAUGUAACAAAACACACUCUCCUGAAAUGAUCAUCAGUGACAUUUCCUCAAAUAAAGAAGUCCAUGAUUUUAACUGUGAUCUCAUUCCCGAACUCCAACCUCAACACUCAAGUCAGCCGCUCCACAAAUGUAUCCAUGAAACAGCUUCCAACUCAAGUUACAGCAAUGUGAGCUGUCGCUCUUCUGAUUCAGAAGAUGCCAGUAUGAAUAUCAAAUCUGACAGUUCAAAAAUGUACAAUUAUUCUUCCAAACAAAGCCCGGCACAGAUAAUUCAGGCAAUCCGAACCAAUGCUCAUAUAUCUGCAGCAGAAACUUUAGCUCAUCUGGCAAAGGCAGACAAACAGUUCUGCAGCCAGAUCACGUCUGCUCCUGUCCAUGGAGAAAAUGUUGAGCUGGACCACAAGAUGAGAGGCAAACCUUUCAUAGCACAAGAUCAGCUGAGCUGUCAACAAAUUCAUGCAGAGAACAUUGCUCAGGCUUCUAGUAGAAUCAUUUCAGUUGACAAACAUCAAAAUUCCCAGUGCCACUUCAAUGAAAAUCAUCAAAUAAACGUCACAGAGCUUUGUUUAACAAAAAGUGAUACAGGGGCUGGGAAUUUUCCUUUCAAUCCAAAGGGAAAAAUAUGCUUGCAGGAGUCGAAUGUUAAAAGUAUUUCCUCUAUUAAGGAACUCCAAAUGCCACAGGCAGGUUCUUCUGUAAUGUCCAGAGAAGCCACCUUAAACACAAGAGUUAUUCCUGGUAAUCUUGCUCUGAAGAAGAAAAACAUCAAGACAAAGAGGUUCAGAAAGUCUGAUGUCAAAACUCGUCCCACUUAUUCCUCUGAUUCUUCUCUUAAGACAUCCGAUGAAGAUGAUGAGGAGAUGGAAGGGGACAAGAGGCAUCACUGCCGGCUGGAAUCUAAAUGCUUUAAGGUGGGACGUAGCAAUGAAGAAAGCUGUACUUCUCUGUCUACACGCAAAUGUGAGAUGGGAAUCUUUAAAGGGAAUUCUGGUGAAGGUAAAAAGUCUGACAGGGACUGCAUCCCUACAAGGCACUCCUUAUCUCUCCACGAUGCAUCCAAGAGGAUGGAGCGUGGGGAGGAAGAAAAAAGCUGCCUGAUCGCAAAGCAAAGUGAAGCACAACAUACACUAAAUUGCCAGGACUCUCUUAUCCACUUUGCAUCCAGUGACAUUAACCCAUUUGUUCACCAGUGGCAACACAAUGAUUCAAACCAGCACUGCUACCGGACCCCAGUGUUUGGAAGUGCUGCUGACCUAUCCUGUAAAUCUCCCCUCUUGAACAGCUCUGAGAAACGUAUAGUAAGAUGCUCCAGUGCUGAUAAUGGUUUGAAUGGGCAGAACUCUCCUUUUAACUCCCACCUGAGCACAUACGCCACCAACAAGGGGCUCUCCAGUACACUCAGCAGCAUUGAGGAUUACAGAGAAGGAGUUGUCACACAGCUUGCUGUCAGUCAGAAAUCACAGGCAGAGAUCUGCAGUCAGACAAUAAACAUCAGUUCUUCUGGCAACAACGUUACUGGUUCUGGUAUUAAUUCAAGUCAGGUGGAUGAAAUCAUGCUUGUUUAUUCAUCUGAGCAAGAGUCAAAGACGAGCAAAGUGCAGGUUCAAAGGAGAGAGAUGCAUGAACACGGCACGCAAACUGAGUGUAGGCUUGGCCCGAUCAGUAAUGGUGGUCUAAAGAGGAAAGACCGUCACAAAAGAAGCAACACCGAUGUUCCUUUAUCCCAGAGGAACAAAGUGGAUAUAAAAAAAUCCCCAACAUGGGCAAGUAUGGAAACCAUGUCAGCUCACCUCUCCAAGCUAAUCCACAGCACUUCAGACCUGCUGGGAGAUGUCCAGGAGAUGAGGACAGGUGAAGUGAGCAAAGCCACUCCUAGGAGUUUCAACCUGUCACAUCAUAGCUUGUCAUUCAGUGAUCCAAAUGGAAGGAGCAAGAACGAUUGCUCAACUCAAACAGCCUUAGAUGUUGGAAUCCAGACGGAGGAGUUGGUAACACCAAUAAAGAGCAAGAGUGGUAUUAAUGAAGCAGGCAGAGAGCAGUCUAGAUCCUAUGAAGUUAAGGUGAUAGUGAAAGUUAUUGGUCCAGAAGACAAGAGUGUGCACAGUGUGGUUAAAAAACAUACAAACACAAAUGAGACAAUGCAAAACAUGCCUGACCUGAAGUUCAACGUUUCUGCUGUUUCCCAGUCAGGCGAUGACCCUCUCAGAUCGCCGGGCACGGAGGCAGCCACUGGAUCUCACAGGCGUGCAAAAUCUGCUUCCUCUCAGGUCUCAAAGCAUGGCAUCAUUGAAGACCUGGGCCGCAGAAAUGCCACGGUCACCUCUAGAUCAAGAAAAUGUUUUCAAAGCCCAUCUUUAACGAGCAAUCCAUCUGCUUUUUUCAAAAAACAGGCAACCUUUACAGACCAAUCAUCAUCUCCCAUUCUUCCUGUGGGAACAAGACUAGGUUCUAGGCAGAGAGGAAAACAAUCAAUACACUGUCAACCAAAAUAUAGGAAUCCACAAACAAGCCAUUCCUCCAAGGAGGACACACUAGCUCCUUCUGUUGAAAUGCCUAAACAGGAUUUAAAUGUUUUUUCCACUAAAUCAGAAACUAUGUUGCUUGAGAGGGUGACUGAAAUGAGUUGUUCAAGUCCUCAAGAAUCGGGUACGAGUUCUUCAAGUCUUCGAUCAUCACUGGAUAUAAACACAGACAUUGUGAAGAAAAAAGUGAGCUGUAAGGAAGAAGAUAACCACCGAGCCGGCUCAGAAUGGCAGAACCACAUUUUUCUUACCUUAAGACAGGCCGAUGUGCCUGAGCAGCAAGCAUCCAACUUCACAUGUGCUUCUGGAGAUUUUUGCGUUGAUUCAGGCCAUCCUCUACCUUUCAGCAACAGUAGGAAUCAAUUGAAAGACGAUGACAUGGUAUCGCUGGUGCAGAGUGAGUGCAGUACAGAGGUUCUUGUGAACACCGAAGCUGCCACAAGUGUGUCUCCUUGGGAUUGCCAUCAGAAAGUCCCAGAUGACCUUCCCUUGCACAACAAGUUCACCAACUGGUCAGGCGUCAGGAAUCAGCAACAGUCACAACGCUCAAACAAAAUGAAAACGACGCUCACCAAAGAUAACAGAAACUGUGCUGAUUGGGACGAGAUGGAGAACAGGGCCUCAACCCUGGAAGUUGUGGCACAAAGUGACAGAAGAUCAAGAGAGAUACUGAAGCUGCAGCAGGAGAGGGAGCGGGUGAUGGCGACUGUCCACCUCAGUACUGGCCUGACCCCUUUGACUGUGGAGCUGACGGAGGCUAAGCUUCAUUAUGGGCUGGGAGAGACAGAUGCGUUGUUGAAGAUGCUGUCCCCAAGGUCCAAAGAGGAGCUGCAACCGCUGACCUCAACUGCAACCAAACAACAGCUGUAUGACAGGCACCGGCGGAGCAUUGAGGUUUUAAGGCAGGAGAGGGAGGAGCGCCUCCUGACUUAUCGAAGAGCUCGGAGUCUGAGCCCCAGCAAGCAUCCCCCUCCUCCAGAAGCUGCUCCCACACCCCGCUGCCGCAAGGAAUACCAUCAGCUACUGGGCGAAGAAGUCAUAGAGGCCACUAGUUUAGCCGAUCAUCUAAAAGGAGCGGGACAGUGUCCACCUGACAUUGAGCAGCUGUUGCGGGACUAUAGCCGAGCCCGGGAAGAGGCCAGGACGGAGAUCGCUAAGGCUCGAGAACGGCUGAGAGAGAGGACUGAGCUGGAGAAACAGAGGAUACAGCAGCAGACUCUGUCCCAGGGAAUGAAGGAUGACCUGAAGCAUCGGACAAUAAUCAGCAACAGCACUUUGUGCACAGGAUCCAGCCUGAGUCUGUCCUCUGGACCAACAUCUGGAUACAACAGUGGCAACACUGCUCAACCACAGCUUUGCAACACACCAGUAUUAAAUCAACAGGUUGUUGGGGUCCAGGGAUUGAAGCUGAGGACACGCCCUCCUGCCUGUGGUUUUCAGAGUGUGAAAACAAAGCAAACGUGCCUGUCAGCUCUGGAUGUUCGCCUCGAGCUGCCUGUUAGCAACUUUGAGCCAUUGAUGACUUCCUCUCCAUCACCCCCUGUCUGCGUACGUCGGCGCACUGCUUCCUUUGGCUCGGCCUCUUCCAUAUCUACAGGCUAUCAAGACAUCACGUCCACCCUCAUCAGUCAGGCUCUGAAUGAGGUCCGACUCGCUUCUCUUGGAGAUUUGGGCAACCUUUUCUCAGGCAAAGCCUCUGCUGGGUGGAGUCACCAAGGAGAAGAACGAGGAAUUCAGGCGUACUACAGGUGUUCCUCCAGUCCCUCUGUCCAUGGUUUUCUUGGGGCUGGGGAGUUGGAAAGACCCCUGGACAAUUUGUGGAACAUAAUCUGCCAGAUGUCCAAGAGUCCCAUGUAUAAUCAAUCAGUUGGUUCUGUUUGGACACGGCCACUAGAUGACAGCACUCAGCUGGUUUACAUCCUAACAGAUUCGUCCACCUGCCACCUUAGCCAGUCGCGGGACUUCUGCUGCAUCGGCACUCAGUCCAAACAGGGUGGCUUGCAUGUGCUGGCUAUGCAGUCAGUGUUUGAGGAGUCUCUGCCUCGCCCUAGUGUUGAUGCCAUCCGGGGGGAGAUGCUGCCCAGCUGCAGGAUCCUGCAGCCAGUUACACGUGGGGGUCAGGAGCUGACCAGGGUCAUCUAUUUGCUACAGGCGGACAUCGGAACGCCAUCUUUUCCUCAGCGGCUCUUGAACACAGUUGCCAGGAGACAGGCAGGCGUCAUCGCUGAUCUCGAUGUUUUCCUUGCGUCAUGAAACCCGCCAGCCAUGAGCACUUUGGCUAAACUGGCUCCAGCAUGGAGUCCUACAUGUGAAUUUGCACCUAGAUCUUACUUGACUUUCCUUAUGUCAAACGGCACUGUCUUGUUCCAGACAAAAAAGUUGUAGCAGCUUUGUUUUUUAUCUAUAAAGCUAUUUCUUUUUUUUUUAUAAAAUAUUGAUGUUUUUAUAUUUGUAUAUGAAUGCUUUUAGCAAUCUAUUUUACCAAAGACACAUCAAAGGUUUAAACUUAAACAGUUUAAUAUUUUUUGACCACUUCUGGCAAUAAAAUAACAAUGUGUGCACCAUAAAGUCACUUUAUUGAAAUGGCUAUAGUUUUAAUGAUAUUGUAGGAUAAAAUGAAAGGACUUUAGAGGACAGCUACUCAUAUUCACGCUAAUUUGAUAUGCACUGGGUAUCACAUGAAAUGUUUGUGUUUUAUUCAGUCGUUUUUGAUAAUCGAUUGAUAGACAAAGCCAGUUGUGUUUAUAUACCCCAACAUACACACAGUAAUGCUUCCACAUGUGCAAGUUAGAUAAAAAUAACCCAAGGAAACCAUUCAUCUGAUUUUUGCAUGUCUAUAUUUUUUUUCCUACAUUGACCUUACAUUUUCACAAAAAAUUGAUUUUAAAUGCUUUGCUGCAGUUUGUUGGCAAAGAAUUGGAAAGCACAUGUAUGCUUCAUGCUUACAUAGCAGCACUAUGUAGUUAACUGGCAGACACCUCCUGGAGGAAUGAAAGGAAAUAAUUUUACCACUCAGGAGCUUUCAAAUGUGAUGUGUUUAUCUGUAAGAGCACUAAAAAUGUUAACCAGCUCUCUGUAGGAAACUACAAAGAACCUGACAAAUGAUUUGGAUGUAAUACAUUUUAAGGACAGGUUUAAGCAGCGUGAACAUUAAACUGAAAACCUCUUGUGCAUGAAGCCAGCUACUGAGGUUUGCAAUAUGCCGACAGGCUCCAGAAACCGAGCUCUCUCACUUUACUGAAUUUGCUGAAAAAAGGGGAGUUUUUUUAAUGACUUUUUUCCCCCUUGAUCCUAGUCUCUGACUUUUUUUUAAAUGUGUUAAAUGCUUCUUUUAAUGUGCUGUGUUUUACAGCUGCAUGCAGGAGUACUUGGUACUUGCAUUUGUUAUCAUUACAGAUGAAAAGGUGACUUUGUUUAAUUUGUGCAGAAGUUGGUGCUGUCUCAGUUGCAGCAGGGUCAGCUGUAUCCACAUGUGAAGCCAUAAUAUUUAAUUGAAGGUUCAGCAAGUUCUCUUGGCCCACAGACACCAAAGAGGGAUGAAUAGAGUGAAGGAACUCAGAGAAGAUUUUGUUCUAAAAUAUAUUUUUUAUGUGUAAAUAUUUCCCAUUGUGUCAUUCCUUUGUGAAAAUGUAUUUAUAUUUGGGCACUGGGUUGUACAGUUAUUGUGCAUAACGUUUAUGCUUUUUGUCACUAAUUAUCUAUUAUUAUCUGUUAUCUUGACAAUUUUUUAUAUUCAAACAAUAAAUUUUUGUAACUGAAAUACGUUUUUUGGUCGAAAUGUAAAAUCCUUAAUAAUUUAUUAAUAAAAAAUGAUAAAAUGUG